GCAGCGCUUGCGGUCAGUGGGAUGGAGAAUCAUUGGGUGGAUUGGAAGUGCAAGACUACCUUGUAGAAGAGAGAAUGCAAUUGAGAAACUUGAUAACCAUGAAGUUCAAAGAUUUAAACAGCGGUCAUCGAUCACUCAUUGCCAUGACAUGUUGGUGGUCCUUUAGCUUUAGCAUUUUGGCGUUUCUUUCGUGUGUUUUGGGCAAGCCUCCCAAAGCCGAAGUGCCGGCGGAAGUGCCUCAGGCUCUGCAAUACUUGGGUCGAGGCUACAACAUCAUCACUCGGGACCAACACACUGUGAACGACCGAGAUCCAGGUUGGAAAGGACCAAUCCUAGAGCCGACCUCGCUCAAGGACGAAUGGAUCUCCGAUGAUGGAAGGUGCAACUGCGAUGCAUACACCCACGAGAUCACUGGUGGCAAGAGUGCCCAAGAGUCAAUGAUGAGCGAGUGGGACGUCAAGGCAAGUGUGGGGUUGUGGAAAAUCAUUAAAGCUUCCUUCACAGCCAGCAGUUCCUUCCAGACUAUGAAUAGCCAAAGCUUCAAACAGAAGCAGACCUUCUUCGACACGAAAGCUGCUUGUCACUUGAAGACGGGAGAGCUACCCGGAGCGCCAGAAACCAUUUACUUCAAGUACAACUUCAGCGAGGCCUUCCAGAAUGCAGUGAAAUCCAUUCCGACUGACGGUGCUAAUGCAUCGGUGCAGUGGGUCAUGGAGCACAUAUGCUCUCUGAUGCCUUCGGGACACACUUCACCGCCAAAAUCGCUUCGGGCGCUUCCAUGGGAAAGCGCUCGUGGAUGAGCGACAGCAGCAAGGAGGUCUUGGAGAAGACCGCCAAGGAGAAAGGAUUCAGCUUGGAUUUGGCGGCCAAGGUUUUUUUUUGGAUCUUUUCCGAUCCCCAGAACACUGACCACCAUAAGGAAAAUGCCGAUGCAACCAAGGCCUUUCAAGAAGCCACGCAGUCGGGUGAGACACACACCUUCUGCAUUGGCUGCGAUGAAUUCUUGUCCGGCGAUGCAGAGAAAUGGGGUGAGCAGGUGAAGGACAACUUGGAGCCAAUCGGCUCGAAAUCCAACCUCUUGGUGCCGAUUAGCGAGCUUCUGGUUCCCUUCCAGUUUCCAGAGAUUGACGCCCAAGAGCUGAAGAAGAAGAAGACCGCAGUGGAACAGGCGCUCGAAGAGCUUUGCACCUUCUACGCCAAGGAGGGCUGCACAACUUCGCCCCAGGACCGCGUUGAAAUCCCAGAGAGGUCCAUUCCAACUGGCUCGAAGGUUUUUUCUGUGCAGUGGUCACCCACCGGCACCACCUUCAUCUCCGGACAAGAUGACGGCCUGGUGCGGCUCUGGGAAGCCACCUCAGGGAGAAGUUUGAGGAUCUUCAAGGGCCACCACCCAUGGGCCGCGUAUUCGGUAGCCUUCUCCCCGAACGGCAGCCACAUUGUCUCAGGGAGUUACGACAACUCUGUGAAGAUUUGGGAUGCUUCCAGUGGCCCAGCCGCUUUUCACGUGAGCAACAGCUCGUUCCAUCCUAAUCGGAAGGAACACAUGUUCAUUUAAGCCGGCGUUGUGCCCUUGUGUCACCGUCAUGCUGGGUGCCGCUGUAGAGCAAUGCUUUUUGAGCUUUGCAGUAAAUCGGCGGAUGCUUCGGAAGAAAA